AUGGCGACGCUAGACGCAGCAGCCGCACAGGCUGAAAUCAUUGUUCCAGCCGAAAAGAGCCAGCAUGUGAACCACUUCGGGCUCACCUCGCCAUGGGAACACUACUAUCAUCCUACCGACGCUGCUCCUCAAGGUCGAUUUGAAUGUGAACUAGACGAGCUGGUCGUCUUUGGUGAUCUCCCCACGGAGAUCAGCGGUACUUGGUAUCGGAUGCUCAUCGAUCCUCAUUUUUGCCCGCAAGUUGGGACCCCUUUCGUCGAUGGGGAUGGGCAUGUUUGUGCCUUCCGUAUUCAGGGCGGCAAGAUCUCCAUGAAAAUCAAAUAUAUCCACACUGAAAGAUGGCUUCUCGAGCGGAAGGCUGGUCGUCGCCUUUUUGGCCGUUACCGAAACCCCUACGAUAUCCACCCGUGCGUGCGAUAUGCGAAUGACAGCACCGGAAACACCAACAUCAUCUACUGGGGUGGAAAUCUCCUCGCGUUGGCUGAAAGGGGAUUACCGUGGGCGCUGGAUCCGGACACUCUUGACACAAGAGGCGCGGAUCCAUACGGUGGCCAGGUCGCUGCGAUGACCUUUACAGCCCACCCCAAAGUCGAUCCUCACAAGAAUGAGCUUGUCACUUGGAGCUACUCUGCAAAGGGCCUCAGCACUCCCGACAUCUGCACCUAUUCGAUUGAUCCCAAUGGACGUAUCUCCAAUGAGCACUGGUUCAAGCAGGAUAAGCCCGGGUGGCCCCACGAUGGCUGGAUCACCGAGAAUUGGAUCAUCCUUUCCAACAUGCCAUUCGACGUCAACACGGAUGAGGUGAUGAGAGCCGGAGGCGACUAUUGGAGAUUUGUCCCUGAUCAACCCUCGGAAUUUUUGAUCAGUCCACGCUAUGCAAACAUUCCGAACCAUCCGGACUGGGCGCCAGGCGAGUUCCGGAAGUAUACCGCUCCUCACGGCCUGAUAAUCCACAGCGGUAAUGCCUGGGAGGAAGAAGGUGGCAUAUUGAAGCUUGAAAGUCACUUCGUCACCUUCAAUGUCUUUGACUUCUUCAACCCGAAAGAUUACGAGGGUCCCAAUGGCAAGCCCAGCGGCGAUUGGAAACGUUGGACCAUCGAUCUUGCUAAGCCUGAUGGAACCGCCCUGCCAACACCUGAGACACUGUUAGAGGGCAUCUUUGAUUUCCCCAUCUUCGACGAGCGCAAGACCGGCUACAAGACUAAGAUCGUCUAUCUGACUGCUAUGAUAGCCCCAGAAGGAGAAGAAAGACCUCAUUUCAAUGCCAUCAUCAAGUUGAACACUGAGACGGGCGAGAAGUUAAUCUUCCAUGCCGCCAGUGACGGGGCUGUCGCAGAGCCCGCAUAUAUCCCUCGAGGGCCUGACUGUGAAGAAGGCGAUGGUUGGGUCAUAUUCUAUAUGGAAAGAGAUUCGUCAAACAAGGGGGAAUUGGUAAUCCUCGACACUAAUGACUUUUCGAAGCCAGUAGCCAUUGCGCAGAUGCCUUUCCAAACACGCAACCAGGUCCAUGGAAAUUGGGUUCCGAAUCCCCAUCCUGAGAUGCCUCUGCCCAUGUUGACGGGUCCUAUCAAAGAUGUCGUGCCCAGCACCAAGUACUCUCAAUUAAAUAGGCUUCCGUAG